UUGAAAAAGUGUACACGGAAGUGGACAGUGACCAAGACAAAUGACCACGUUAGCGUUUAUAUUGUUAUUUAGCCAUGUAUUGACACCCUGGAACUCAGAAUAUGACUCAUUUAACUGCACACUAUCAUACUUACCCCUGGUAGUCUUCAAUUCGCGUUGUUUAAUUCCUGUUAUCUCUAGGUAACGCUAACUAUUUAGCUGCUAAUGCUAGCUAACUGUAUGAUUUUUCAUACUCAAAUAGCCUCCAUUAUGGAGGUGCUAGCGAAUGCAGCCGUGGCAGAGGUCUGUAAACUGGUAGACUACGACUACGCGGUGUUUCGUUUGGAAAUAACUCAAAGCCAGAAAGAAAACAGUGCAUUGCAGAGGAAACUACAGCUUCUGGAACUGAAGAUGGCACGAGAGCGCGUCUUAGCCAGUCGUUCCAGUAGUGUCAAAAUCCUUGACCGAUACAGAGGAAUGGCAAGAGGUGAAGGACAUCUCACUGGAGGCAACAGGAGCUUUGUGAAGCCAACAGGACACAAUACAUGGAUAGAUGACCAACCAAUCACUGUUGAUGAGGGGAGUGGAACCUCAACUCAGCACGUUAUUGUGAUAGAGUCUGCAAAUGCAGAAGCUGCAGGUCCUGGGGUCAAGCUGGAGAGGUCUGAAGGAGAUGAGGACCCACGACACAGCAGAGACAUCCAGACUGGAGCAGUGCAUGGAGUGGUGCCCCCUGUAGCCCCCGAGGACCUCACCACCGCUGCCUUGCCCCAGGCUAGGACCCGAUCCAGCAUCACGGAGGUCAGUCGAACGCCGUCCUCAAGACAGAGACGGAGACUUUAACUGUAACACAAAGGCUCUUACAUACAGGAUCAGACUCCGAGAGACUGGGCUGUGUUCCUGCUCCAGGCUCAGAGUACUUAAUGGUGUUUCACCAGAGCCAGGGGACAGUUAAUUCCUGUGGAGAUGGUGGUUCGUUAGACACUGGUCGUGAUGAUCCGUCUUGUUCUUACGCUACAGAGGUGGACCCUGACAACAUGCCCUUGGGUUUAGAGACUCAGACAGAUCUGUCUAGAGGGGACUGGAACCGGUACAGUAGUAGUGUAUACUCUGAAGGGUGCCCAGAUAAGAAAGGGGAGGGGAAUUUCUUAAAUUACAGGGGAAAUCUAAAUGUCGCCACCCACUCCCCUUUACACAAGUUCAGGGAUCGCGACCCAGUGUCCACAUCAAUGGCACCUUCCGAUUCACACGGCCGGGUGAUUUUCGAUCAGGUAUUACAUUUAAAUGACAGGGCUAUAGCCCAGGCUUGUGGAGGGGGAGCAACAACGGUCGGGAAAGAGAAACUGGCUAACUGGAAUGCAGACGAGACUCACGUAGGAGAAGGACACUCGCAGGGCAACACUAAUGACUUCUUAGAUUACAGGGAAAGUUUAGAGACAAAUCUAAAUGUUGCAACCCACUCCCCUUUACACCCAGUGUCCACGUCGAUGGCACCUUCCGAUUCACACGGCCAGGUUCUUUUCGAUCAGGUAUUGAACUCAAAAGACCAAAGAGCCAAGGCGCGGAGAGGGGAAGCAACACCGGGCAGUAAAGAGAAGCGGUUCCUCUGCAUGUUCUGUAACAAAGGCUUCAGCUGCCUUUGUAGGUGGAGAUCCACCAGACCAGAGAAGGUGGAGAUCCACCAGAGGGUCCACACAGGGGAGAAACCGUUCAGCUGUGCCCAGUGUCACAUGCGCUUCGCCCAGACUGGUGACCUGAAGAGGCACCAGAGAGUACACACGGGAGAGAAGCCGUUCGCCUGUAUGCACUGCGGGAAGAAGUUCUCCGAGAGGAGCUACCUCAGGAUACACCAGCAGAAAAACCAUUCCACUCAAAUACAUAGAAAGUAACCAUUCCACUCGAUAGCUUCUGAUGUUUAGAUCAAACCCUGCAUUAAAGGCAAAGUUGAAUUUUCAUUGUCGUCAGCAGAAAAGAUCCACAGAUGCAUUUGGAAAAACGAGAGCAACAGAUUAAAGUGUUGAAUAUUCCUGGGUAGAAUAUUGCAUUCAGACAUUGUGUGAUAUAUAAGGCAUAUAUACGCCUAAAAAGUCUUACAUCUUGUUUGCACUGUGUAGGUUAUAUGUUGACAUAACUAUUCAACUACAAAAACAAAUCGUCCUAAAACGCUUUUAAUUAGAAAAUUAUUCCAUUUUAUGCAGUUUAUCAAGUUCAUGAUUUUUAUUUGAGGCAUGUGUAUGUGGUUUUCAUAUGGUGUAUUUAAAACUUGUUCAUCUUUAAUAAACCCAAAAUGGGACUUUUCAGUC